CCGAGAGGCCGCGCCCGACGGGGGCCGAGUCCGCGGCGGCGGAGGCGGGCUGGGGCGUGCGCUGCGCUGCUGCCGGGAGGCCGCUGGCCGCGGUGAUCAGCGACGCCGCCCCUCACGUGGGCAGCGACGCGUCCUCCGAGGACGCCGACGAGCGGGCCAGGGGCUUCGUGGACGAGGAUGGCGACCUCGAGGGCGAGGAGGGGCUGGAGAGCGCGGCUCCGACCGCCUCGGCCACGGCGCGGUCGCCCUGGUGGGCGCUCCCAGAGGCGUCGCUGCCCGCGCCGGCCGCUGCCCCCCCUGCGCCGCCCUGGGCCGAGCUCGAGCGCGCGGCCGCGCCGGUGGCGUGGGCCGCCAGCGGCGGCGGCGGCGGCUCGGAGCUCGCCCCGCCGGCGCUGCUGCCCGUCAGCCUCGCCGAGCUCGAGCGCGAGGCCGCGCCGCUGGGGUGUGCUGCUGGCGGCGGCGGCGGCGGCGGCGGCACGGAGCUCGACCCCGUGGCGCCGCUGCCCCUCGGCAUCGCCGAGCUCGAGGCGCGCGCGGCCGCGAUCGAGCAGCAGGAGUCGCGGCUGCGCCUGGAGUACGACGCCGAGGUGCGCCGCUGCGCCGACCUGCGCGACGCUGCCGAGGUCGCCGAGGGUCGGCUGGCGCAGGCGAACGGGCCGUCUGGCGCGCUGCAGCAGGCGCGCGAGAUGCUGGCCGCGGCGGACGAGGACGAGCUGGCGUGCUGCGGCCGUCUGCUGGACGGCAGGCAGCGGGAGGUCGAGCAGCUCGAGGGGCAGCUGCACGCCCUGCAGCUAGAGCUCCGGCGAGCGCAAGAGUCGGACCCCUCCGCGGUCCUGGAGGCGCUGGAGGCCGCGGCCCGGGACGCCGACAGGGAGCUGAGCGCACUCCUUGCAGGAGCGCGAGAACGGGAGGAAGCGUUGACCGCCCUCGACGCAGACCUCAGGGGCGUGCUGGACUACAUGAUGCUGGCGAACGUGGCGGCGGCGGGCGGCCCUGGGGCCGCGGCACUCGGCCCAGAGGACUUCUUGCCGAGCGACGUCCGCGCAGAGUUGGGCCUCAGCGAGCACGGGGCACGGCACCUGGCGGACCUGGACGGCAAGUACGAGUCCCUCGCCGUGCAGUGGGCCGCUGAACAGGCCGCCCGGCGCGCCGCCGAGCGCGCCGAGGCCGCGGACCGGGCGGCGUGGGCCGCCCAGGUGGCGCUCGCCCCCGCCCUGGCGCAGGACCCCGCGCGCCCCGGUGACGGCGCGCUGCCAGCCGGCUGGCCCGCCUUGCUGCCUCCGGGCGCGGGCGCCUGGGCGGCGGCUCCUGGGCGGGCGCAGGGUGAGGACGAGGAGGCGCCGGGGCUCCUCCUGGCGGAGGACUGCACCGGGGAGGUGGAGGAGGAGCUCUGGGGCGCCGACGCGCGGCGCCAUGGCGCGUCGACCGCGGCGCUGCCGCGGGGGCCUGCCAGCGUGGGCGAGGCCGCCGCCGCCCGCAGUCUGGAGGAGGAGGGCUGCGUCCUGCAGGCGGGCGUCACCGAGGAGCUGCGCCUUCUCGCCGAGGCGCUGCGGCGCCCGCCUUUGCCGCGCGGCGAGGACGGCGGGCCCUCGUGGGCGCUCGCCCGCGCGGCGGCCCGCGGCGACGUGGCGCAGGCCCGCGAGGCGCUCCCCCCGCCCGGCACGGAGCCGGGCGACGUGCUCGGUUGGUCCGCCUGGCACGUCGCGGCGGCGUACGGCCAUGUCGGGGUCCUGGAGGUGCUGAAGGACGACGUGGUCAACACGGGCGCCCACCAUCUGGCGGCGUGCCAGGUGGACGCGGCCAGGUCCCUCCUGGCGGGCAUGGCCCCCGUGGACUCGGCGGACCUGCGGGGGAACACUCCGCUGGUCUGGGCCUCCCUGGGCGGCGCCGCCUCGGCGCUGGUGCCGAUGCUGCUGGAGGCGCGCGCGGACUUGGAGGCCGUCGGGCCUGCGCUGCGGCCCGCGGUCUCCGCGGUGCUCGAGGCGUGCUUGGCCGCCUCCCCGCCCGCGGACGCCCUGGGCAGCCUGCUGCCCGACGCCGGCGGCUGUGGGGGCCGCCAGGGCGGCGCGUCGGGGACCACGGCCCCGCGCCCGACAUGCAGUUCGUAG